GGCAGAAAUGCUUUGGACACUUCUCGACUGUGUUGGGGAGGAGCAGCUUAAGUCUUUGGCUCCAAAACCAGCUUGUUGCCAGCUCAGACUGAGACUUAAAUUCAAGUUGAUGUUUUGAUGUGACGGAGUCGCUUUUAAUCCUCUCUGAAUCCACUACACAGGGACAGAGAGAGGAAAGGGACAUCAGCUCACAGCGAAGGACAGCAGACAAGGCGACCCAAGCAGCACAGUACUGCAGGAGAGGCUUGGCACAGAACCAGCUUGAGCAAACAGUGGAUGCCGGGGCCCCGGCCACAGCCACGCUCCAGCCCGCACAGUCGUAGGAGGGCUGAGCUCCCGGCCGCCAAGGAUGAGGCUGCUCUUCCCUGCCCUCGUGCUGGCCCUCCUCGCCAUCGCCCGUGCUGCUGAAGAAUCCUGCGUGGGCCGCUGCGAGGAGGAGUUCAACGCGCAGCACAAGUGCCAGUGUGACCCUCUCUGCCUGUACUACCAGAGCUGUUGCAGCGACUACUCCACUGUCUGCAAAACCAAAGUGACCCGGGGAGAUGUGUUUGCCUUGCCGGAGGACGACUACCUUGACUACAACCUCACUGUCGAGUUCGUCACAACAGAAAGCACCGAGGAAGCCCCCACAGAACUGCCCACCUCCCUGUCGCCGGCACAGCCCACGCUGGAGAACAAGGCGACAGAGGUGCCCGUGGAGGAGGUGCCCAGCACCACACCAGAUAGGUUCGGGGAGCAGGAACCCGUGGAGGAGCCUGAGGAGCUGUGCAGCAGGAAACCUUUUGAUGCCUUCACCGACCUGAAGAACGGUUCCCUUUAUACUUUCCGAGGGAAGUAUUUCUAUGAGCUGGAUGAGACAAGCGUGCGGCCCGGCUACCCCAAGCUCAUCAGCGACAUCUGGGGCAUCGAGGGUCCCAUUGAUGCAGCCUUCACACGCAUCAACUGCCAGGGGAAGACUUACCUGUUCAAGGGCAGCCAGUAUUGGCGCUUUGAUGACGGAGCCCUGGACCCCGGGUACCCACGCAGCAUCUCCGAGGGCUUUGAAGGCAUCCCAGACAAUGUUGACGCAGCCUUCGCCCUCCCCGCGCACAGCUACCAUGGCAAUGAGAGAGUCUAUUUCUUCAAGGACAAGUACUACUGGUCCUAUGACUUCGCCCACCAGCCCACGCAGGCCGACUGCGAGAAGUCCUCCCCCUCUGCCGUGUUCAACCACUACGCCUUCAUGAACCGUGACAGCUGGGAGGACAUCUUCCAGAUCCUCUUCGGCGGCAGGAUGACCGGGGCGAGCAGCCCACAGUACAUCAGCAAAGACUGGCGGGGGGUGCCCAGCCGGCUGGAUGCCGCCAUGGCCGGCAGGAUCUACGUGGCCUCCCACAAGCCUCGGAGGAGAAAGUCUCGCCGCCAGCGCAAGAGGUACAAGAGCCACCGGUCACUGAAUUUGGGUUUCUGGAGCUGGCUGCAAAACGACUCUGACUCUGCGGGUGUUGAAAGCGACUGGCUGUCAGGCUCCCAGUGCGAGACCCUCCAGAGCGUCUACUUCUUUGUAGGAGACAAGUACUACCGCGUCAACCUGCGCACCAAGCGCGUGGACCUGGUGCAGCCCCGCUACCCGCGCUCCAUCGCCCAGUACUGGCUGGACUGCCCGCAGCCCGGGGAGGAGAGCACCUAAGAGGGCCCCGCCGGAGCCGCCCUGCAGCACAGCCCUUAGUUAGACAAAAAUAAACUGUGAGCGCUGUGCAGGCUGCAGA